CCUUGCCAGAGGAGGGAGGAGAAGCGGAGCAGCGCUGACGGAAAGGAGAAGCUGCCAGGAAACGCUCCGAGAAGAUAGCGAUAACAACAAGAACAUCACUUAGACGCCUUCAACGCGCAAGGCGCUGCCGUGACCGCCCCCUUGAACCCCGCUGGUGCCCCGCCCUCCGCCCUCACCCCGCUGCUCAAAAUGGCGCUGCGGCUGUUCCGCUGCCGUGGGUUGUUGCGGGCUGUCGGUUCCCGGUCUUCCUCUGCCCAGGCCAGUCCUCUGCAAACUGAACAUCAUGGCACAAAGCGCCCAGAACCAUCUUUUGCUAAAAGUUUGAUGGACAUAGGUACCCGGAGGAUCUUCUCAUCAGAUCAUGAUAUCUUCAGGGAGAGUGCCAGGAAGUUCUUCCAGGAGGAAGUGCUACCUUUUCAUGCAGAAUGGGAGAAGGAAGGCCAGGUGAGCAGGGAGCUCUGGCAAAAGGCUGGACAACAGGGUUUGCUGGGUGUUGCUAUCUCUGAAAAACAUGGAGGCAUCGGAGCAGAUAUUCUCUCUUCAGCUGUGGUCUGGGAGGAGCAGAUGUAUGUUAACUGUACUGGCCCAGGAUUCAGCCUUCAUUCAGAUAUAGUCAUGCCCUACAUUGCAAACUAUGGCUCUGAAGAGCAGGUUAAACGUUUUAUCCCUGAAAUGAUUGCAGGCAACUGCAUUGGAGCUAUUGCCAUGACAGAACCUGGGGCUGGCAGUGACUUGCAGGGAGUGCGAACAUUCGCGAAAAAGGAUGGAAGUGACUGGAUUCUAAUGGGAGUAAGUUGGAUUUUUUCACAGGUGUUCAUCACUAAUGGUUGGAUGAGUGAUGUAGUGAUUGUGGUUGCAGUGACAAACCGGGAGGCCAAAUCCCCCUGCUCAGGAUCAGCCUCUUUUCUGGUGGAAAAUGGAACAAAAGGUUUCAUCAAAGACGCAAACUGAACAAAAAUUGGCUUGAAAGCUCAAGACACAGCAGAGCUGUUUUUUGAAGAUGUGCGGUUGCCAGCUAGUGCCUUGCUUGGAAAAGACAAAGGCUUCUAUUAUCUGAUGGCAGAGCUCCCACAGGAAAGACUCCUGAUUGCUGACAUGGCUCUUGCCAGCUGUGAGUUCAUGUUUGAAGAAACAAGGAAUUAUGUGAAGCAAAGAAAAGCUUUUGGGAAGACCAUUUCACACUUACAGUCUGUUCAGCACAAGCUGGCAGAAAUGAAAACACAGAUUUGUGUGGGCCGAGCUUUUAUGGACAACUGUUUGCAGCUGCAUGCAGAUAAACGCCUGGACUCUGCCACAGCCUCUAUGGCCAAGUAUUGGUGUUCUGAUCUGCAAAACAGCAUAGCAACUCAGUGUGUGCAACUGCAUGGAGGAUGGGGGUACAUGUGGGAGUAUCCAAUUGCAAAAGCUUUUGUGGAUGCCCGUGUUCAGCCAAUCUAUGGUGGCACCAAUGAAAUAAUGAAGGAGCUGAUUGCUAGAGACAUUGUCAGUGACAAGUAGGUCAGACGCUCACUAUUUUGGAGAGUCUUCCAGAAUCUUUUGUAUUACUAUAUGGUAUUAAAUCAGGUAUCAAACUAAGUAAAAUCACUUUCAAGGAAGUGAUGCUGUUCUAAAAUGUUAGUCACAACAGUGGGCUUAUAUGCAGGAUAUCUAGUAUUUAAAUUAAGUUAAAUAUCUUUGGAAAACACAGUAGUUCUCUGGGUUCCAAAAGUUCCAGUAGUAAAAGACAAUCUUAAUGUCUGGAAGAUCAUGGGUGUUGAAUCCAACCCUUGCUUUUCAGAACCAGGUCUCUUCUCCAGAGAAGCCACUUCCUUAACAAAUAAAAGUUAAAUGUUAAUAUAACUUAGAACUCGUAUUUCCACUAGACAGAUAUCACUGUAUCACUGAAUUUUUUGCUAUUACACACUUGCUGUGGGGGAAGGGAGCAUAAUGCUGACCUGAGUGUUUACAUGUAACCCAGAAUGCCUUAUUUUAAUUUUCUUCAAAUAACUAUAAUAAAGCAUUUCUAUGCAGUCUCA